UGUACACUACGCGUAAUACAACACCGCCAUAUGGAGCACAGCUCGCGCCUGUGGUCGCCAAGGAAACAGUUUGUGCUUCUAUGUACUGCUCCACCCGAAGUGAACUAAAACUCCUUGACCGGAUGUUCCCGAUACACAGCACACCGCUGUUUUAAACUUUAACCUUGAAUGUUUCUUUUUCCCAGCUGCUUGGCUGAGAGUCUGCGCUGCUUCGGUAAAACUCCAGCAGAGAGCCGGAGCUGAGGUGAGACUCAAACAGCAGCUGUGCAAACUGGUCAAUUGCCAUCAUCUCUUCCUUUUAUCCCUAAACCUCGUAUCAUGCCAGGACAGAUCUCCCCAACCUCUCCUUCCUGGAGUGCCUCUAUCCCCACUCAGCCGUUCCACUUCCGUCUCCGCAUUGAGCCGAUUGACUGGAGGCGUAUGGCAGCGCUGGACGUGGACCGUGUGGAGAGAGAAACAGAUAUAAAUGUGCUGCAGGAGCUCAUCAGCGCUGUGACUUUCUGUGCGGUGGAGGGCGAGCGGUGUCCACAGUGCCGUUGUCCAACCGACACAACGCUGCUGAAAGUUCUGCGCAUGUCACAGCUCAGCACAGAGUACCUGCUACACUGCCAGGACUAUCUGAGUUCACAGGUGGCAGUGCUGCAGGAGCGGCUGCAGGGGGCGCUGUCUCAGGCACUCCGUGAGGAAGAGGAGCGAGCACGACUCGACAAAGAGCUGCAGGAAGUCAAGCUGGAGAGCCGGCGCAGGAAGAAGCUCAUCGCCACUCAACAGCUCCUCCUGCAGUCCAGUGCCAAUAAUUACCACAAGUGCCACUUCUGUGAAAAAUCUUUCGUCAAUUAUUCUUACUUACAAUCUCAUGUUGAGCGCAGGCAUCCUGAGAUCACUGAAGCAGAGAGACAGAAGAAGAUGCAGGUGGAGCAGAUGAAGGAUGGGUUGGAGGAGCUGAAGGAGAAACUGAGACUGACUCAGAGUCAACUCGAAGCAGAGAGAGAGGCAGAUGCGUAUCGGAGACAGCAGGAGCUGGAGGAGCAGCGGAGAAGAGAGGCAUCAGACCGGGAGAUAAUUGAGCGAUGCAAAGAAGAGGAGAAGCGGACAUUUCAAGAUGAAAUUGACGGCCUGAGACAGCUUCUUCACCAGGAGUUUGAACUAAUUAAAACCAAGAGCAUCUCCAUAGAGGCUAAACUGCAUGAGCUGGAGAGCAGAGAGAGAAACAUGUCUAAUCUAAGGGGUGAGGAUGAAUUUGAGAAAGAACAAAAGUGGAUCAGAGAGAGAGAGCUGAAGGAGCAGAUGGUUCAAAAGAAGAAUAAAUGGAAGAUGAAAAUAAAAGAGCUGCAGAACAGACACCAGCAGGAGAAAGAGGAGCUGGAAAGUGAAAAUAUCAGGCUGCAGAAGGCCUUGUCAGUGGAGGAAAGCACUAGUUCUAGUGUGCACUCGCUGAAGCAGCAGGUUCUCUCUCUCUCCUCUCAGCUCAGACAGAGAGACACACUCAUUCAGUCCCAGAAAAAGAAGAUAAAGAAGCUGAUGUACAGAUCACUGUCAGAGCCACUUCCGAUAAUGGCUGUUCAGAACUCUCUAGACAAAGAAGGAGAUGAUGAAAAGGAAGAGAUUGAAGAGUUAGUGUCAGCCCGAGUGGAACCAGUGAGAAGAAUCCCAGCGCAGAGGAAGAAUUUCAGAUCCAUCGUGAAGAAAAGACUGCAGAAGAGGCUGGAGAAGAUGGGACUAAGAAAGGGCACUAAGGGAAUCUCUACUCAGUCCCUGAAGAGUCUAAUCUAUGAGCGAGGACAGACAUUUAGGAGUCAGUCACAAUUACAGGAUUUGAGAAACAACCUAGAGGACAAGCUAAAGCAAAGAGUGAGGGAGCUGCAGAUGAGCCAGGGAAAAUCUACACCUAACACACACAUGCUGGCUAGAAAGAUGCGUCGUAGUCCAGUCAUGGAACAGAGCCCUAGACGCAGACAGUACAGUCCCAGAAACUCCCUACAGAAUCAUGAGAUUCAUCAGCCUCCUACAGCUGCACCACGCUCCAAAGCUCCUUCACUCACACCGAUUCUACCAGCACAGCAAAAGAAGAGCAGUACUCCACCCUUCAGCUCAGAACAGGAAGAUGACGACGAGUCAGGCAAGGACAGCGCCUACAUCACCAGCUCUCGGGACAAACCGUCCACCUCUGUUCACCUCACACCAACAAAGGAACAGCAGAUAGUAGAACAUGAGCUCAACUGGUCAGACAGCGAUGAUUCAGAUGACUCUUACACACAAAAGCCACAACAGGCUUUUAGUACACAUGGUUCAGUUGUUCAAACGCUGACAAGGAGUUUAGAAAAACAGAUGAGCAGCAGCAUCACAAAUCCUGUAGGAGGAAUACGAGUCUUGCCUCCAGCCUCUCAGCCUUCACCUCGACCCACCAUCAUCAAACAACAGGCGGUGUCUGAGGAAGAGAGUGAUGUGGACUUGUCCUCCAUCGAGGAGCUCACUGCUCCACCCACAGCCGGGCGCAGGAGCUCAGAUGCGGGUGUCACCUCAGGCACUAGUGUAUGGAGUUCAGCUGCUAGCAGAGCAGGAGCAUGGUGAGGGGCUUCAAUACCCCAUCUCAAUUUUCAUUUUUAUAUAAUAAGUCUUAAUAGAUCUUAAAACCAUCACUUACCUUCUUUAGUGAGCACUUAAAUGCUAUGUUAUACUGUUUAUCUUUAAUAUGGAAAUCUGAUAAAACUUGAAUUAUAUUUAAGGGCCAUUUUAUGCCAUUUUGGUUAUUAUUCUAUGA